AUGUCCUUAAGGACUGUAGCCAAUCAGAGAAGAGGUGCACAGGUUUAAAAGGCCUGUGAGCUCACUGAGCGCUCACCUCCUUCAUCCUUCAAGGGCUGUGUCCACUCUGCCCUCCUCCAACCUGAGCAGCCUACUAAGAAGAUGGCAGCAGUCUUGAUUCUCCUGACCUUUCUUCUGCCACUUGGAGCUGGUGCAGAGGAGAUCAUCGGGGGCCAUGAGGUCAAGCCCCACUCUCGCCCCUACAUGGCAUUUAUUGAAUUUAUGAAUGAUGAUGGCAGCAUUUGUACCUGCGGAGGCUUCCUGGUGCGAGACAACUUCGUGCUGACAGCUGCUCACUGCAUGGGAAGCACAAUGAACGUCACUCUAGGAGCCCACAAUAUAACGUUCAAAGAGAAGACCCAGCAGAUCAUCCCUGUGGCUAAGGCCAUCCCACACCCAGGCUAUAAUAACAAAACUUACCGAAAUGACAUCAUGCUCUUAAAGCUGGAGAGGAAGGCCAAGAGGACUAAAGCUGUAAAGACUCUCAGGCUGCCCAGGAGUAAUGUCCACGUGAAGCCAGGGGAUGUGUGCCAUGUGGCUGGUUGGGGACAGUUGGCUCCAAAUGGUAAACUCUCAGAUACGUUGCAAGAGGUAGAGCUGAGAGUCCAGAAGGAUCAGGAGUGUGAAUACCACUUUCGUCGUCGUUACAACAAAGCUACUGCGAUCUGUGUGGGGGACCCAAAGAUCAAGCGAGCUUCCUUUCUUGGGGAUUCUGGAGGGCCUCUUGUGUAUAAAAACAGAGCUGCAGGCAUUGUGUCCUUGGCCUGUAAGAAUGGUUCAGCACCAGGAACGUUCACCAGAGUGUCAAGUUUCCUAUCUUGGAUACAGAAAAUGAUAACUACAGAGAAAACCAGGCCCCUCCCUGACUCACCAUCUUCCCUACAGCUGAGUCCAGGAUUGUCCUAGGACAGAAGCCACCAAAUCAAUAAACGUCACU